AUGUUUCCAAACAGCCGUCUUCCCACUCACUUCAAGACAACUAAGAGGAGUGUCUUGGCUGUCGGCAUUGACUUUGGGACCACCAACAGUGGAGUUGCUUGGGCUACUGCCGCCGAUUUUGAGAGACACAACAUCAAUUUCAUCUCCUCCUGGCCUGGUCUAGGUCGAGAGGAAGGGAAGGUUCCUACCGAGAUCUACUACGAUGACGAUGGUGAGAUGAAGUGGGGAUAUGAGAUCCCUGGUGAGGUAUCACGUCUCCAAUGGUUCAAGCUUCUACUACUGAAACCUGAUGACCUGAGCCCUGAGAUGAGAGCAUCUCCUUUUCUUCAACGAGCUCGCGACAUCACCAGACAGUCUGGUAAGGCUCCCGUUGACGUGGUCGCCGAUUACCUGAGGCUGCUGUGGGAUCACGCCCAGACCAAGAUCAAACAGGAACUCGGCAAUGUUGCGUUUAACGCUUUGACUUUGCAUAUUGUUGUCACCAUUCCGGCUAUCUGGAAAGGGUAUGCCCAGCAGAGCACUGAAGAGGCUAUCCGGAAGGCAGGCAUGUUAGGGCGUCGAUCGGCUGGGCCGACUCAGCUAAAUGUCGUAACCGAGCCUGAAGCUGCUGCUCUGUCAACCAUACUAGAUCGCUACGACUCUGUGAAGCAAGGCAACGUGUAUGUUGUGUGUGAUGCCGGCGGUGGCACAGUGGAUCUGAUCACCUACGAGAUCGAGUCUAUUGAUCCUAUCCGCAUGCGCGAGGCAGUCCUAGGACAAGGAGAGCUUUGUGGAGGUGUCUUUAUCGAUGAAGCCUUCGAGCGAAUAUGUAGAGAGCGUCUGGGCCCGACUUGGAAAGUUCUGAGUCGCGGAGGAAAGAAUGAAAUCAUGAAAGAGUGCUGGGAGUACUCCAUCAAGCCACAGUUCAAACCCGGAAACACGGACAAGGUUUACACGGUCACACUUCCGAUUGAAAUGUUCUCCAACAAGCCUAAGCAGCGCUUUGAUGAUACCUCGAAGGAACCUUUGAUCAAGAGAGGUAAAAUACAAUUCAAAGAGGCAGAUAUCAAAGAGACAUUCACCAAGGUCUUUGAUGAUAUUGUGGAUCUUAUCAACUCUCAGAUUGAGAAAGCAGAGGAUCAUGAUCUCCAAGUGACGGGAAUCAUACUUGUGGGAGGCCUCGGCGGGAGCCCUUACUUGUACAGCCAUUUGCAAGAGAUCUUCUCUGAGGACGGGAUCGAUGUCCUCCAGCCGAACGGCAUGAAACCGCGAACGGCGAUCUGUCAAGGCGCAGUUUGCAAAGCCUUUACCGAUGGAGGGGAUGAAAUUGGCCAGCAAAAAGUCCACAAGCCCAUUACAGUUACAUCCACAAUCUCUAGAGCACACUAUGGAGUUACAUAUCACACAGCAUUUGAGGAGGGAAAACAUCUCAAGAAGGGCAGGUUCUGGGACGAGGAUGAGGGCGAGUAUCGCGCCGGCAACCAGAUGCAAUGGUAUCUCAAAAAGGGCGACUGUGUCUCCAAGUCAGAGAAAGUUAGUCACUCUUUUUAUGAGAUCCACGACACCGAUUGGGAUGGACGCUUCUCUGACACGAUAUACCAAUGUGAAGAGACCAACCCUCCCGAGCGACUGGAAUCUACCGUUGAGGAGAUAUGUACCAUGGACUGUACACUCGAGAAUUGUAUGCCAGUAUCAAGGUUGAAGAAUCAUUUUACGCCCAAGGGAAAGAAGAAGAAAGUUUUGAAUUACAACGUGAGAAUGCUUCCGACGGGCAGAAGCGUCAACUUUGAUGUUGAGGUUAACGGGACACGUCUUGGCAAGGCUAACCUCAAUGUCAAGUUCGACUAG